UCAAGACGUGGCCCUGCUGGUGGCUUCUCUAGGGGCAGUCACUCACGGUCUGUGCCACCAGCAGACAAAUGGAGCUGCCUGCGUGCUGGGCAGAGAUUCCGGCAUCGUGGUUCUAUGACCUUAUCAGCCAAAGGAGGCUUUUCACAUUGCCACAGUUUGUACUCUGCCUUUUUAAAUAAUUUGUAAGUGACAGUUGGUGUACAUUGCUCAGUUCACCCAAAAACCUUUACACUAGUGCUCAAUUUCUUUUUUCAGAAUUGUCACUCCUCUGAGUAAAUCAACCUUGUGAGUCUGGAGCCAUCAAACGUUGAAGUCUGAUGUCCUCCUGGGAAGUGCUGCCCUGGAUAUUCACGAAACUUUGAAGUGAAACAGUAUGAAGCGUAAGUACAAGAUUGAGUGCAGCGUGUAACUCUGCGUUGAUCAGGUAGUGGUAACACUGCAUCUUCCUGGUGACAGAGAGCCAGCAGAAGUGGUGGAUUUGUCUGUCCGUGUGGACAGGAUGCAGGUAGAUGCUGAGCUCCUGACCAGUGGUGAUGCCUCAAGUACAGGAAGUGCAGGGCAGCUGUUGGAAAGCAGUUCAGCAGAGGGUUCCACGACGAUGAGGUGUGUGGAGCAGAGGACUAACCCAAAGGGCCUGGACAGCUCUGAAGCUGCUGCUUCAAAUGAAAACAAGACUGUUAGUGGCAGUGAUUCCCCUCUUCUCACCAGUGGAAGCUGCAGACCUUCUCGACCUCCCAGGCCUUCCAGACCACCUCCACCCACACCCGCAGACCCCCAUCAGCAGCUGAACAUCGAGGAAUGUGAGUGGCUGAGAAAUGGAGUUGGGACUCAGGGGAGCAAUCGAGCAAUGGGUGCCUGUGUCACAACCUUCCUGCGCGGCCCUUGCAAGCUCCUGCUCCUCUCGCCUGCAAGUGGAGCAGUGCUCAAGCUUGAGGAGUCUUGUCCUCGGCAGGUGGAAAAGAUGGUGCAGCUGCAGGUUUUGUGCAGGCUGCCUGCUGUGUGGCUGCUGAAGGGCAUUUCUCCCCAGCUGAGAUCCCUGAGCCCACGCUGGCAGAGAAUGUGCUGUGCCACCAUCUCUUCUGUGGAGACACUUUGCAGCUUCUCUGCGUUUCCAGGUGCCAUAAGCCAGACUGGCACAGUCUUGGGACUCAGACUUGGGAGAAAGUGAAGAAACCCCAAAGCAAGUGCUGCUCGGCUGAGGAAGGAAGCCAAGAAGGAGAGCAAAAAGAACCGAGCAGGGCUUGAGCGAGAAGGCCCACAGGACACUCGAAUCAGCUGGAAUGCUUCCUCGGAGAUGGCACCAAAGGCAGCGGACUGAGUUGCCUGGUUUUCACAGACAGUGCAGAGGAACUGAGGCACCUGGAAGGGAAGGGCUUGUGCUGCAUUCCAAGCAAAGAGGACUUGCCAGAGGCAGGACUUCAGCUAUGGCAAGAGAUGGUGAUGCUGCGUUCCUUCAGCAUGUGUCUCUUCAGGGCCAGAGCCGGUCUAGUAUGAGAUUGAAAUACGGCUAGCCAGGCCUGGAGAGAGAGGAGGUGACGUGGCCAUAGGAUCAGGCUUCUCCUUGUGUCUGCCUGGUGGCUGAAUGACUCAUUGCUAAGCAGAAAUCCUGGACACUGGGGUUUCGUUUUGGGCUGUGUUGAUAAAUGCAACCCAAAUCCUUCUGUAUUGAAUAAAAGUGAAACCAACCUUUUCAAA